UAAUGUGUCUGUGACUGCAGGCCGCAGAAAGUGUGUCAGUCAAUGUUAACAAUAUUUCACAAUUUUUAAUAAUUUCCUAAUGAAACGGUGAAUUUGGCGGCCUGUACGUUCGUCCGGGAAACUAUAAGUUAGAAUCUACACAACGUUUUUACUGACAUAAGCUGCUCAGCAGCUCUCAGCAAAAAUGAAGCUCUGGGGCGCGCACGGCGAGUUCUGCGCUCGCCACCAAUGGGAGGUGAUCGUUGCCACCCUCGCCUUGCUGGCUUGUGCAGCCAGCGUGGAGAGGCACGGCCCUGGCACCAGGAGUGAGCGCUGCGCAGGCUGGGCCCGAGCCUGCCCCGGCUUAGAAGCAGAGUACCAAGCGGCCGACGCCGUUAUCAUGACCUUCGUCCGAUGCGCGGCCUUACUAUACGCCUAUUAUCAGAUCUCCAACCUACACACCAUAGCUUCCAAGUACUUACUCAUCAUAGCCGGCGUUUUCUCCACGUUCGCUAGCUUCAUCUUCACAUCAGCUCUUGCUAGUAUGUUCUUUAGCGAGGUAGCCGGCAUCAAAGAUGCCCCAUUCCUGUUUCUACUAGUCGCUGACGUGGCUAGGGGCGCGAGGAUGGCUAAAGCGGGCUGGUGCGCCGGUGAAGACCAGGGGAAGAGAGUGGGGAAGGCACUGUCGCUGCUUGGACCGACUGCUACUCUAGACACUUUGCUAGCGACUCUUCUCGUUGGGGUUGGGGCGUUGUCGGGCGUGCCAAGAUUAGAACAUAUGUGCACGUUCGCCUGUCUGGCUUUGCUAGUCGACUACUUGGUCUUCGUAACUUUCUACCCAGCCUGUCUAUCUCUGGUCGCUGAUUUUGCAGCGAGUAGAGGCACAAUAUCUUCAGACGGACCUUUCUCAGAAUUAGAUCUAAAACCCAACCCUGUGGUCCAGAAAGUUAAAAUGAUCAUGGCUGCCGGACUUCUUUGCGUCCAUUUAACUAGCCGUUGGACCCUCACAGCUAACAGUGGCAAUAUGGAAGGACCUUUAAAUGAAAACUCGACCCCGAUUUCUCAGGACAACGUGUUGUUACACUCUUACGUGAAAUGGUUCUCAGUCAGCGCAGAUUACAUAGUUAUAGCGACGUUGCUCUGCGCCCUGAUCAUCAAAUUCGUGUUCUUUGAGGAGCAGAGAAAUUGGAUCAUCGAUAUGAAUGAUAUGGUUGUUAAAGAACUUGUAGCCAAAGAGGAGACGCAGAAAAUUAACAAGAAACCGAUGUUUUCUGUUGGUGAUGACAUCACUGCAGAGGCGACCACGCAAACUGAUAAUAUAAUAAGCUCGGAAGAAUCAGAAUGGCCUACUUUAUCCCCGAGCUCCUCGGCAAAUAAACUUAACGCUAAAAAGCGACCCAUGGCAGAAUGCCUAGAAAUCUACAGAGCUGAAGGCGCGUGCACAUCCCUCAGCGAUGAAGAAGUAGUCAUGCUAGUGGAACAAUCUCAUAUUCCUUUGCAUAGACUUGAAACAGUCCUGGGAGAUCCGCUGAGAGGAGUCAGGUUACGACGCAGAGUCGUCGGAAAUCGCUUCCAGACUGACGCAGCCAUAAAGCAACUACCAUAUCUAAAUUACGAUUACAGCAAAGUAUUAAAUGCUUGUUGCGAAAAUGUUAUAGGGUUUGUAGGUGUCCCAGUAGGCUACGCUGGUCCCUUAGUAGUAGAUGGAAAGCCUUAUAUGAUCCCGAUGGCUACUACCGAAGGGGCUUUAGUAGCUUCGACCAACAGAGGCGCGAAAGCCAUAGGCGCUAGGGGAGUCACAAGCGUUGUGGAAGAUGUGGGGAUGACCAGAGCCCCCGCUGUGAGAUUCCCAAAUGUUAUUCGAGCUCAUGAAUGCAGACAGUGGAUCGAUAAUAAAGACAAUUAUGCACUGAUCAAAGAAUCUUUCGAUUCUACUUCCCGUUUUGCAAGACUCCAAGAAGUUCACAUAGGAGUGGACGGUGCCACGCUUUAUCUAAGAUUUAGAGCCACCACAGGAGAUGCCAUGGGCAUGAACAUGGUUUCAAAAGGCGCUGAAAACGCCUUGAAAGUCCUCAAAUCUUACUUCACCGACAUGGAAGUUAUCAGUUUAUCAGGCAACUAUUGUUCCGACAAGAAAGCUGCCGCCAUCAAUUGGGUGAAAGGCAGAGGGAAGCGCGUCGUGUGCGAAACUACAAUAUCCGCUGAGAAUUUGAGGACUAUAUUCAAAACUGACGCCAGAACUCUAUCUAGAUGUAAUAAGAUUAAGAAUCUAUCAGGAUCAGCUUUAGCUGGGUCCAUAGGAGGAAACAAUGCUCAUGCCGCUAAUAUGGUGACAGCCAUUUUUAUCGCUACUGGACAAGAUCCCGCUCAAAACGUUACCAGUAGCAACUGUUCUACAAACAUGGAAGUGUGCGGAGAGAAUAGUGACGACUUAUAUGUAACUUGCACUAUGCCUUGUUUGGAAGUCGGCACAGGGGGAGGCACAGUUUUGACUGGACAAGGUGCCUGCCUCGAGAUUCUAGGAGUCAAAGGUGCGGGAGUAGUUCCGGCUGAGAACUCUGCUAGACUAGCAUCUUUAAUCUGCGCUACGGUCUUAGCGGGUGAACUAAGUCUUAUGGCAGCCCUCGUGAACUCUGACCUGGUCAAAUCCCACAUGAGGCAUAACAGAUCGACUCUAAACGUCCAAACUAUCACCAACGAAGUCACCAUGUCAAACAAUCUCAGAGUACCAAGAUUAUAACAUGUAUGCAUACUUAGUUAUAAGGCAAUUUUACUCGAAUUAUGGCGGAUAUUUUUGUACGUUUUUUAAGUGUAUUCUUAAGUAUUAAUAUUCAUUAUUUUAAAUUAAGUUGUAACGCUGGUUGGCUUCCAUUGUAUUUUUCAGCGUUUGUAUUAGCUAUGUCUCACUGCCGUGAACAUUUGACAUUUUUGUUAUGUUAUGUUUGAUUAUUACAUGAUUAUGACAUUUGA